AUGCUGGCCAAUCCGACUAUCGACAAACUACGGUAUUCACUUGUUACGUCCUCCUCCCAGCUCUUCGCCCUCUCCGACUACGAUGUGAUCUCGGAUCUGCACACCGUCUUCGGGCUGAUCAAGGAGAUUUUGCACGAGCGGGGUUAUGGCUCGAGGAAGGAGGACCAGAGCGUGGUUGAGCUGGUCUUGGCACGGAUUCUGAAUGCGAUACGGGAGACCAGCUCGAUCGAGACGUAUUGUGCGCAGUUGGUCGACCUACUGGACUGCUGCUUACAGUAUCCUAUGUCGAUCAGGUCCACCGAGAAGAUAUCUUCGCAUGGCAACGAAACUUACUGCGACUCGGCUCACUGCAAAGUGGCCGUGGAGAUUUUGUCGAGCCUGUUUAUGUACUACUCCAAGAAACCGGUGAUGACGCUGGCGAUUCCUGUCGCAUUAAGGGCCCUGAGCUCGAACAACGCGGAUCUAAGCCGGAACGUCAUUUCGUAUAUUUCGUUGUCGGCGCUGAUGCGUCUUUUGGACCAAAACGUAGCCCUCGAGGACAAGAGAUCACUGCUGCAAUUUGCGUCCAGAGUAGCUGCGAGUAAUGCCGAGCUCCUCAUUCCCUACCUCCCCCGACUCACCCAGUUCCUGAACAAACCCGCGACCUGCUUGCCCGUGCUGCACAUCUACCAGCCGCUGUGCGCCCAGGGGAAAGCUCAUCUGCUCACCGAGACCAUCCUCAGCCUGGAAGAAGCCACCGAGGAUCCGGCGCUGAAGUGCCAUGUUCCGGCGAUUGUCAAUAGCAUCGCCAAGACGUCCCCAAGCGUUAGAUCGCUGUGCAGUAGAUUGCUGGAAAUGGCCAACGCUCCCAGGGCCGAUAAAAUUACCGUAAUCCCGAUUCGGAAUGACAACUCGUCGGACUCGCUGCUGUCGCGGAAGGAUCGGAGUCGAUAUGAUAGCUCAACGUUGGGGAGUCGUAGCCGCUACACCGGAGGCGAGAGCUCGACCACCCAAACUGUAGAUGAACUGGACCGGAAUACCGAGAGCCUCGCCCAAGUCUACCAAAAUCGCAGCAACUCGAGCCUGUCGAAGUACAAGUCUCGCAGCUAUGUGAGCGUGACGGCAGGGCAGAGUCAAAAUUCCGCCUCGGAGACGGCGUACAACUCCCGCGAUCUGUCGAUGGCCAGCAUCCCGGGACCGUCAACGAGACCUCCCGAUUACUCGUCGCUAAAGCGGAAGCCUCCGCCCUCGCAGGCUACGCAGCAGAACAAAGCCCAGACCCUGCCGACGACGUUCGCCCCAACGCAAAUUCAGAUGUGCCGCGACGGUCGUGUCCGGCCGGUCGGCUACAAACGUUCUCAACUCGCCCCAAUCGAAACAACUUUCCCGGUCACCUCCACGGUGCCGAUAACGACGUGUACGUUUCCUAAAGUUAUUGAAGAAGAGAUGAUUUCGGAAGAGCCGGCCGAGCCCUGGCAGGAUACGAAAUCCAUCGAUCGUGGCGAUGUUGUACGGCAGUUCGUCGACCACCGGCGCAGCAAGAUACGACGUUACGUGGAGGAGGUUUCUUCGCGAAUGCCGAUCCCGGUGCAGUGUACGGUAGAGGGAGGGAAAGGAAAACACCGUAUGCGUAUCCACUUCUCCUGCCAAGUCCGAUCGACCUACUGUAUUUUCCACGCCGACAAUCUUUACGGGAUGAAGACCAAAUCGCCUUCGCUGUGGCUUCAUCUGAUGUUUUUGCAGAUGGAGUCAUCCUCUCUCACACAAACCGGCCAAGUCCUGUGCCAGUCAUCAGGAGCCUACCGUACCCUCGCGAAUUGUUGGUCAUGUCUCCCGUCUUCUGUGACGAAGGGAAGACCCUUCGUCACCCUAGUCACCAGUGCAUUUCCGCCACAAAAGGAACAAGAAAAGCUUGCGCGAGAGCUCGACGAGAAUGCGUUGUGGGAAUUUUUCCAGCUCGACGCUGUCACCUCAAAAUGGGCAUGUUUAAGCUGCGCGCAUCCGGAUCGAGUACGCACCUUCGUGGAGGAGAAGAUGUUGUGCGGGGAGCUGAAGGAGAAGCGGGGGCGCUGGAAAUUUUUGCGGCGAUGGCAUACCAAGUUUUUCACGCUCAGCACGGCUUCGCUGACUUAUACGACUGGGAUGCCGUCGAGUGGGGAGGUGGUGCGACAAAAUAACCACUUCGAAUCUCCCUCCAUCGAUUUGAGGACAAUUCGGGUCGUCCGAAGCUUGUCUCGAGGAAACAAGAAGCGGAAAAGCUUGCGGAAAGCCUUUGAGAUCUGUACGCAGGAGAAUAAGAGCUACGUAUUAAAGGCCACCGACGAGCGCAAGGCCGAGGAAUGGCUCCAGUGCCUGCAAGUCGCCAUCGCAAAUGCUAGGCGCGACGACCCAACCCACACUCUU